CUACGUGGCGUUUACUUCCCAACGAAGUAGCGAGUACAAAAACCAACAUCAUUGUACUCGCGCGAGUAGGUCGACGAAAUAAAAAUCUCACCUUUUUGACCCCAAAAAUUUCUAAAUAUUUCAAAAUCAGCCUCUUCGUUUUCUUUCUCCUCCUGUCUGUUGAUUUAAAGACCCAAAUCUGACGCUUCUCUCUCUCUUUCUGGUAUCUGCGUUUGAUUCGGAGAAGAAAAAAAAAAAAAAGGCAAAGAGAGAGCUUCAAUGGAGUUAGCUUCUUUCCUUGGUAGAGCUCUGUUUGUUUCCGUAUUUCUUCUCUCCGCAUGGCAAGAGUUCAAUGAUUUUGGUGAAGAUGGUGGCCGAUCAGCUAAAUCUUUGAAACCAAAAUUCAAUGCCUUUGUAAACCAUGUGACAACUCACACUGGCCAGCAAUUGCCACCAGUCGAUAUGAAGAUUCUUGUUGCUGCUGCUAUAGCCUUGAAGGGUAUUGGGGGACUAUUGUUUGUCUUUGGCAGCUCAUUGGGAGCUUAUCUCUUGCUUCUGCAUCAAGCCGUUGCCACCCCAAUUCUGUAUGAUUUCUACAACUACGAUGUUGACAGAAAGGAAUUCGGCCAACUAUUUUCAAAAUUUACACAGAGCUUGGCUCUUCUUGGAGGACUGCUCUUCUUCAUUGGAAUGAAAAACUCAAGGAAACACGGUAGGCAACUCAGGAAAAAGGCUCCAAAGGCAAAAGCAAACUGAAGAAGCCAUAUCUUUCAUCGGUUUUAUUCGGUCUGUAUUUUAUUUUCAUUUUGGAAUCCAGGAUGGGUUUAAAGAGUCUAUCUGAUGAGGCCAUUGAAAGGCAAAAUCUCUGCAAAUCAUUUUGCUUACUUCAAGAAGCUUUUAUGACACUUUUUUGUAGAAAUAUUUAUGGAUUAUUGUUUCUUAGAGACACCACUUCAAUGUUAUUGUUCCAACUUAUUUCACAACGCGACUGAUUUAUUAACCUACGGAAUAGCCAUCAGCUCAACCUUUGUAAAUUCAUUGUCACUUUGGUCCUAAUUGGCUAAUUUGUUGCUACU